AUGUCUUCUUCAUAUAAACCCUCGUUCCACAUGCACCAGGCCCCGUCUCAGGACGAUAAGCCCUGGCUCAAAUACCCGGACGCCUCCUCCAACGGCCACAGUCGCUCUCUCUCUCCCUUGCAAAAGUACCAGCCCAACAACACCGGCACCCUGGAUCAGCUGCUGCAGUCCAGAUCCCAUCACACCCACCACCCCAGUCAAUACCACGCUACAGGACGCAAGCGGUCCUCUUCUAGACUGCACGGCAGCAGCACCUCCAACAGCAGUAACGCGUCCUUGCCCAUGUCCCUCGUCAGCAACAGCAGCUGCGACUCCCUCGGCCAUCAAUCUCAUUCCACUUCGCACUCGCAUACGCACGCAUACUCACAGCCAGACCAAUUUCAGCAGCAGCGACCCUCAGCCCACAUUAGCAGCAAGCCAAGAACCCUCUCUGAUGAACUCUCGUUUACUCUGCAGAACAACGACGACUGCAGCGACAGCAAUAUCACCAAUGUCAAUAUGAACAUGAACACAAGCCAGACCAACAGCGCGACCAACAGCCCCAGCAUCCGUGCCACAUACCCCUCCCCAAUCACCCCCUCGGAUCUUCUGGGUAUCCCUGACCUCUCUGUAUCAUCAUCUUCUCCUCAAAAAAGCGACUCUGGUGGUUCCAAGCCGCGACCCUCCCCUCUCUCCAUCAACACCAACUUUACUAACACUCCCUUGGCCAGCUCCGCCUUCGCCUUUCCCAAUGUCUUGUCAGAGGGCCCUGCUCCAAGAACACCUCCCCUGCCCCGACUCUCCCACAGCUCGUCCCACUCUUCAUCUGCCUCGACUUCGUCCUACUCAAAUUCCUCCUCUCCUAGCUCCAUUGCGCCCCCUUGCUCGGCGCUCUGUCGCCAUAGUCAUCAUCACUCGCACUCGCAUUCGCAUCAAUCGCAUCAUCGCCGCCCUCACUGCAGUCAUAAUAGACACCGUCAUCACCAUCCCUCCUGUAACCAUCAUGGGUCUGGCCAUCGUCACGGUGCCAGGUCUGACCGGGCCGCCAAGGGAUCACACCGCUAUGAUAUCCCACACUUCACUCCGGACGAUGACGAUAUGCUGAAUGCAUUUGACGAACCAGAACGUGCUCAAAUCAAUGAUUCAUUACCGGAUGAAGCACCGUUGACGAUGAAGGCCGAUACCCCCUCCACAGCUGUAACCAUCGUCGGAAGCACCCCCACGUUUGGUAUCAGUGCGUUCAGGGAGCAAAGGGACCGAGAGGAGAGUGCGCUAGACUUGUGCACGGCAGAGCCUCCCAAGAAGCGACAGCGGUCUGCGGCAGCGGUGCUCCUUGGAGCCGCGGUCGAGACCGUCAUCUUCACUAGUGCUGUGGCCCUGUCAGCAUACCAAUUGCUCACAGGCAAGGGCAAGCAACAGCUAGAGUCGACUAUGACCCAGGUGGAUGAAUCUGCGGUCGUCGAGGAAGCAGUUUCUGAAGGCCAAAGCGAGUCCUCAUCAGAAAAGGUCGUGGCUUUUAUGCAUGAAUUCUGGCCUUUUGGCCCUGUCCCUUAUCCUCCCUAUUUCUGUGCACCCAUGAUCGUCUACAUGUACACCCUCGUUCGCAUUCCCUAUUUUUGGCGGCAAUCGCUAUUUAUGCGCAUAGACGCGUGUGUUGGCGGCGAAGGCAAAGUUGAAAAAAGCAAUGGUGUCAUUCCCUUGUUCCUUACGCUUUCUCUCUGCCUCGACUGA